AUGCCCUCCUCGGUAAUCACGUCACUCUCGACGUCGAGCCGGGGGACAAACACCAGCGGAAACAGCCAUAGCACUGCGCGCUCUCCCUCGCCCACUAUCGCGCGCUACGCCUCUGCGAGCGCCGCAAAACCACCCACUAACGGCGUUAAGGCCACCCCGCCCCUUCCCCUGGACCUCGGCCCGACGCGCGACUUCUGUAACUGUUUUUGGGGGCUCGACGAUGCCGGCGCUAAUGUGCUUUUCUCCCGCAUGCGGACGGCGACGCAGACAAUAACCGAGUUAGAGGAUUUCUGGCGCGACCGGGCACGGAUAGAGGAAGAGUACGCCGCGAAGCUAAAGGCGUUAGGAAGCCGCGUUUUAGGGAAGGAGGAGACCGGACAGUUCAAAUUGUCCCUCGACACGCUUGCAACCGAAACUUCUACACAAGCCACCGCCCAUGCCCAAUUCGCUGCGCUGGUGAAGAGCGAGUUGCUGGCGUCAAUAUCGGCCUAUGCCGAAAAACAGGCCGCAGACGCUGCCCAAGUCCAGGCCCCACUCGAGGCGCGGUAUAAAACAAAACACACUGCUGAAUCCGCGAUAAUGAAGGCCCGCGAGAAAUACGAGUCAAACUGCUUGCGCCUAGCAUCGUAUACACAGCAAAUGGCGGUCAACCCGGGAAAAGAUGUGGAGCGGCUGCAGAUGAAAAUAGCGCGGAGUCAGCAGACAGUGACAAGCAACGAGAAGGAGCUUGAGACGGCCGUAAAGGCGAUUCGGGAGGCGACAGUGCGCUGGCAGAAGGAUUGGAAAGAGUGGUGCGACCUGUGCCAGGAUAUGGAAGAGGAACGCCUUGAUUACGUCAAAGACGUAAUCUGGGGCUAUGCGAACGCAGUAUCGACGCUGUGCGUGUCGGAUGAUCAGUCGUGUGAACGCAUUAGAGUGUCGCUCGACCAGGUAGACGCCUUCCAAGACGUUGAGUCCUUCGUCGAGGAAUGUGGAACUGGCAUUGCCAUUCCCGCACCGCCGAGCUGGGCCACCUUUUCUCCCUCGAAUACAAAUGGACUUUCGCCUCCUCCAGUCCAGUCGGCAUCUUUUACACGGGUGUCAGCGCGGCCCGCAGUCCCGCCGAGCGAGCAGCCACCCAUCAAGACGACACGCAACUCGCGGGAGACAAGCAGGGAGAGCUCGAGCUCGCCGCCCGUUGUCCCCGUCAAGCCUGCCAUGGCCAUAAACACAGAGAACGGCAUCAAUCACAGCAUACCCAAAAAUAUUCCCCCCGCCCCCGCCGAUUCCGCAGACGCCGCCGUCCUCGGCUUAUAG